AUGGCAAACGUUUAUGCUGAUCAUCCGUUCCCCCUCAUCGCGUCUCCGGCGUACGAAGGGAAGAAGCUUUCAAAAGCCUUCGAGCCCGAUAUGUUCGAGCGUGUCGCUGGCGAGAUGGCGUGCGUUCAUAACAUGAUCGUCCGCGGCCUCAACUCGAUACACCUCCAAGCGCCAAAUGUCCCGUUGCUGGAGGUGCCAGCUUUCAUUCAGUAUAGCCUGAUAUGGUAUAAGUUGGUGCAUCUGCACCAUUCGUGUGAAGAAUCCGACUUCUUCCCCCUCAUCGAGACGAUUUCUGGCGAAACGGGCAUUAUGAGUGGAAACGUAGAACAGCACCAUGCAUUCCAAGAAGGGCUCGCCACAUUCCAUCUCUAUCUCAAAGAAUGCGCCAAUGACCCAACUCAGUUCUCAGGAAACAGGAUUGUAUCCUUGAUUGACUCUUUCGGCAGAGUUUUGGUGCAACACCUUACCGAGGAGAUUCCAACCAUCGUCGGUUUACAGAGCUUUGGUGCACAGAAGAUGGGGCGAAUGGAGAAUAGAUUUGCUGAAGACGGCAAGAAGAACAUGGUAUAG